UUUAAACUUCGUGCAUUCAAAUAGUUUUUACCCGACUGCCGAAGAGAAGGUUACUUGUAUCUUGAGCGUGAGUUGUUUUUUUUUUCAAACAGAUCGUGAUAAUCAAUUAUCACGAUUCAAAUUGGUUUCGAACUGGUUUCAAAACCAAUAUAAUUAAAAUCACUGUGAGUCCUAGAAGUUUUGACAACGAAAAGUCAAAAUGGCGACUCCAGACGAUUUGAGAUCUGCAUUCGAAAAGCGAAUGAAACAGGGAAUUCCGAAUCCUCCAGGUGAAUUCGAUCCACAGGACUUAGAAUUAAUAAAAGACGAUAAGUAUUUAAAUAAAGUACUGGAUCAUCAAGAUCGUGAUUUGAAGAAGGCCUCAAAUAUGCUCUGGGAAAUUAUGCUUUGGAGAAAAACGGUUGGCGCCAAUCAAAUAAACGAGAGUAACAUACGAUUGGACUAUUUAAAAGAAGGUGUUUUUUUUCCAAGAGGCAGGGACAAAGAUGGCGGCGUACUUUUGAUAAUAAAAAACAAAUUGCACGUUAGAGGUCAAAAAGAUUUUAAUGACAUAAAAAGAAUUUUGAUUUACUGGCUUGAAAGAAUUGAUAGAGAAGAGAAUCAUGUAGGAAAAAUCACUUUGUUUUUCGACAUGGAAGGUUGUGGUAUGGGAAAUGUUGAUAUGGAACUCAUUAAGUUCUUGAUAAGUUUAUUCGAAACAUUCUACCCUAAUUUCAUGAAUUACAUUGUCAUAUACCAAAUGCCGUGGAUAUUGAACGCUGUUUUUAAAAUUGUCAAAACAUUGUUGCCAGCGAAAGGGAUAGACAUAUUGAAAUCGUUGAACCGAGACAACUUGAAAACUAUAGUGCCUCCUGACCAAGCUUUGACAUGUUGGGGAGGCAACGAUCCGUAUGUAUUCGAGUUUGUUCCCGAAAAUACGACUGACAAUAGAAAAGUAACAUUUUCAGAUGACGACGACACACAUUCCCCUGGCGAAAUGCUACGUCUGAAUCCUCAUGACACUGUCAUAUUUAAAAAUGUCAACGACGAUCUAACUGGCCAGUUCACAAUAACAAAUAUGGACGACAAUGCCGUAUCAUUUAAAAUAAGAACAACGUCUCCGGAGAAAUUCCGUGUGCGUCCUAGUUCAGGACUGUUGGCAAGCGGCGCAGUGCAAACGGUACAAAUUUUAGUGCAGCCGAGUGUACAACAAAACACAGGCUCAAAAGACAGAUUCCUUGUCAUGUCGAUACAGUUACCAAAACCUGAUCUAACAGCAACAGAAAUGGCCGAUAUUUGGCAGAAUUCGUCUGACAGUAAAGUGGAUGAAUAUCGUCUCAAAUGUCAAUUCCCACAGAUGGUGACGUCCAACGGGAGCAUUUCGAAUGGAAUAGCCAAACAGGUAUCGAUUACAAAUUCAUUGCAAUCAAACUACGAUGCACUGCGCAGAGAUAUCGCCAGGCUACAGAAAUUCCAAUAUGCUACACUUUUCUUAUCGUCAAUAGCCAUGAUUCUGACCUAUUUGAUAUACAACACUGAUUCAGACGGCGAGCGCUGUGAUUACGUGCAUAGUGUCGAUUUUUAAUGACAUGUUGAAACUAAGAAACACUUAUCAUAUCAUAUAUCAUUGUGAUAAUUCAUUGACUGUAAUAAUGCAGCUGGAUCAUUAUAACAAUUAAAGUUGGUUGCAAAAUUAAUUUUCAAAAAUAAUAAAAUAAAAUAAAUAAACAGCACCAUAAAAUAAAA